GGUGUUCAGUCGUCGAUGUGCUCCAAGACUGGGUUCACAUGCUUCCUCUCAUGGGCUGUUAUUUUCUGGCUGCUCUGUUUUGCAUUAAGCAUGAGUUGUUGUGAAACGCCGAUCCCACACGCCUCGCUGCUGACCAGUGUGACAGUAAAAGACAGGUGGUGUCAGCGUGAUUAUUAAUAGACGAAGGACUUCUUGUCGGUGCGGCUGCAGCACGGUUCUUCACGCAAGACGAUAUGUGGUUUUAAAGGUCGAUGAAAACUAGGACAGCCUCUGCAAAUGUUUUGGACUACAUUUCCCUCCGUGUCGUUCCACCAAGUUAUCGCGAGAACAUUGAGACUUGCGUUGCCAGAUUUUACUAGGACAUCCGCAGAAACAUCCUCAACUUUUAUACUUUCCCACGUUUUCAUGCUGCCGUGUAUUUGUAUUUGUAUCUGUAACGAGAAAACGGAUCUGUGAGCCAUUUAUUAUCUAAGCUAAAAUCAAAAUUGAGGAAAAAUACAUAGCACCUAUCAUAUGAGUGAGUAUGGUUUUCUUUUUAAGGUUAAAGUUUUAAGGUUAAAUAUUUGUUAUUUUUGGCAUUUUUUUUUCUUUGCUGUAAUUCACAUGAUUUGUUGGAAUCAACUGAUCCACAUUCCUUUUACAAUCUCUUGCAUCCACAAAUCAUAGACAGACAGAUCAUUCAAUGUAAUUACAAAGUAUAGAUGAGUUAUUAAAAUCAUUAAAAUCAUUGUUUGUGAAGUCACAAUCAAAACAAGUUUACUGUUGAAAUAGAUUUGAAAUAGGUUUGUAAAAUACGACACACUUUCAAGACCACAAUACAGACUUAUAUUAUUAUUAUUAUUAUUAUUAUUGUUGUUGUUGUUGUGUGGUAGAGAAAUGAAUGUCAGUUGAAGCAAGACCGAGUGCAUGUCGGUGUUAUUAUAGUAACAAUAAUAAUAAUAUCAUUGUUAUUAUUAUCAUUAAUAGCAGUAAGAGUAGUAGUAGCAGCAGCAGUUGGAGUAGUAAUGGUACGGUUGCGUGGGUUAUCAUAAUCCAAAUAAUGGCUUUGAAGGGUUGUUUUUAAAUCUUACAUUAUUGAAAAUGUGACAGAUACCAGAAGGACUAUGAAUAGCGACAAACUAGAGAAAAGGUCAACUAAAUAGGUGGAUCCCGGUUAUUCGUUGCCCAACCUGGCAACCCGGUACUGAGGCCACAGCGCUGAAAAACUUGUUGUUGUUGGUGAAAAUGGCGUCUAACGUAGAGGCCCCGGAGCGCUGGUACCUCGCCCUACUCGGCUUUGCGGAACAUUUUCGGACCUCUAGUCCUCCCAAAAUUCGACUGUGCGUACAUUGCUUGCAGGCAGUAUUUCAGUUUAAGCCACCGCAAAGGAUUGAAGCCAGGACGCAUCUUCAACUAGGCUCUGUUCUCUACCACCACACCAAGAACAGCGAGCUGGCCCGCAGCCACCUGGAGAAAGCGUGGUAUAUAUCUCAACAAGUACCACAGUUCGAAGAUGUCAAAUUUGAGGCUGCGAGCAUUCUGUCGGAGCUUUUUUGUCAACAGAAUUUGGUUGACUCUGCAAAGCCCCUACUCCGGAAAGCCAUUCAGAUUUCUCAACAAACACCAUACUGGCACUGCCGAUUGUUGUUCCAGUUGGCGCAACUUCAUACGUUGGAGAAAGACUUAGUGUCUGCAUGUGAUCUGCUUGGUGUUGGUGCAGAGUAUGCCCGAGUAGUGGGCUCAGAAUACACCCGAAAACAGGAGAAAGUUUCUACAGAGAGUUUUCAGUAUAUUUUACCUUCUCCUGAUUAUGUACAGGCAUUGUUUCUCCUUAGUAAAGGAAUGUUGCUGCUAAUGGAGCGGAAGCUUGCAGAAGUGCAUCCUCUGCUUACACUCUGUGGGACAAUUGUUGAAAACUGGCAAGGAAACCCCAUUCAGAAGGAGUCCCUGAGGGUCUUCUUUCUGGUCCUACAGGUCACCCAUUACCUGGAUGCGGGACAGGUGAAAAGUGUUAAACCAUGCUUGAAGCAGUUACAGCAGUGCAUUCAGACUAUCUCAACGCUUCAUGAUGAUGAGAUUCUACCCAGUAACCCAGCAGACCUUUUUCACUGGCUUCCUAAGGAGCACAUGUGUGUUCUCGUAUACCUGGUGACAGUGAUGCACUCCAUGCAAGCAGGAUAUCUGGAAAAGGCCCAGAAGUACACAGACAAGGCUCUAAUGCAGUUAGAGAAACUUAAAAUGUUGGACUGCAGCCCCAUCCUCUCCACCUUUCAAGUCAUUCUGCUGGAGCACAUCAUCAUGUGUCGACUUGUCACAGGCCACAAGGCCACAGCAUUACAAGAAAUCUCUCAGGUGUGUCAGCUGUGCCAACAGUCGCCAAGAUUAUUCACCAACCAUGCUGCGCAGCUUCACACUCUACUGGGUCUUUACUGCAUCUCGGUCAACUGCAUGGACAAUGCCGAGGCGCAGUUCACCACAGCUUUAAGGCUCACCACGCACCAGGAACUGUGGACUUAUAUUGUCACUAACUUGGCCAGUGUCUACAUUCGGGAAGGAAACCGACAUCAAGAGUUGUACAGUCUCCUGGAAAGAAUAAAUCCAGAUCACAACUUCCCAGUCAGCUCUCAUUGCCUACGAGCUGCUGCGUUUUACAUCAGAGGACUGCUGUCCUUCUUUCAGGGACGAUACAGUGAGGCCAAACGUUUCCUUAGAGAAACCCUGAAGAUGUCGAAUGCAGAGGAUUUGAACAGGCUGACGGCCUGCUCAUUGGUUCUGCUGGGCCAUAUCUUCUACGUACUUGGCAACCACAGAGAAAGUAAUAACAUGGUUGUACCCGCCAUGCAACUCGCCAGUAAGAUUCCUGACAUGUCCGUGCAGCUCUGGUCUUCAGCCUUGUUGAAAGAUUUGAACAAGGCACUUGGGAAUACAAUGGAUGCCCAUGAAGCUGCCCAGAUGCACCAGAACUUCUCCCAGCAGCUGCUCCAAGACCACAUUGCUGCCUGCAGCCUGCCUGAGCAUAACCUCAUCAGUUGGACGGAUGGACCUCCUCCUGUCCAGAUCCAGGCUCAGAAUGGACCAACCACCAGUCUUGCAAGUCUGCUAUGAGGAACUUCAGUGUUUCCUUCUUGACUGUCACUGGUACAUUAUCACUUGCAACACGUGAAUGCCCAACGUUCCUCAGAUUUAUGUUCAUUCUCCCUCCAAACGGCUCCCUGGUUUUAUUUUAACCAUCACACCAAUCUAAUUGUUAUUUAACAGAUAUUUUUGUCAUGUAACUCACUCUUGGAUGACAACGCUGCAUGUAGAGGAGGUCAGGUUUUUGCUCUUCAAUGUGGGAGUGAAGGACACACCUCACGGUCCACUGGACCAUGUUCGAACAAGAGACAAAAGAUAGGCUGGCAGUCAAAGUGUAGAAGAAAUUAAUUUAUUCAUGUUGAUAUUUUUGUAACUUUUGUUAAAUAUUUUUAUCUUGCCUUUUUUCUAAGGUUGCUUUGUUUUAAUGCAUGGAAGUUACUGAUUGGACCCCCCCACCCUCCUGGUUACUUCAACUAAUUUCAUCAAUCAUUUGCACAAUUUCCAUCUGAAACCUCAUGAUAUGUUUUGACAAAAAUAACCCUUUAGAGCAUCUCAUGUCACACAUUGAAAGUAAAUAAUUAACAUGAGCUCGAUGACUAAGAAGGACGGCCAUCUGUUGUGUCGAGGCUCUGUGUGGGCCUCAAGUCCACAUGCCAUUGAGCUUUGUUUAUACAUUAUCAUUUUUUCUAAUGCGGUUUUCAGGGAUACCACCUGUCCUUUCAAGAUGCAUCUCUGUCCUUUAUUAAGUCCCAUGAUAUAUCCUAUUUACUCCUUUUGCCAGCUCUUGUUUUAGGUUGGAGACUUCCCAAUAAUCUGAUUUAAGUUCUGAUUUUAUUUCUGUGUCAAUUUGUCCGAAAGGUAUGACUAAAAUGUUUUCUUCACAGUAUCUUUGUAUAGAUUUGCCACUCAUUGAACCUUUAUUGUACAGUGACAUUUUAUAGAGUCAAUUUAGUAAAGUGUCAUAUGUAUUUUAGCUAUCUUGUGUAGAAAAUCUCAUCACUCAGUAUUUAAGACUCUCUGUACGGACACAGUUUAAUCUUGAGUACUCUAGUCAUAUUCUGCCCAAUGCAUAUGUUUUUAUUGCUUACAUUGUUUCGAUAGUUUUCCAAUAAAAUAAU